AUGUUGCGCCCAGCAGUGCUCGGCAUCUCCUGGCACAACCUGACCUCUCCCUCUCGGUGUGUUGCUGUCGCGUCGCCGCCGGCCGAGCUAUUCUCCUCAGUCCUACUUCUCCGGCCAACUUCUCCUCUCGGACUUGCGAUCCCCUCAUUUCUUUCCUCACCGGCGCACAUCUUCGACCAGGGGCAGAGCCGAGCCCUAGCCUCGCCUUCUUCUGGUUUUCUUGCGUUGUGCCCUAGGUUUUCUCUUGCUGUUGGAUCCGAACAAAACAGUAGUGAGUAUCAGACAGGAGCAAGCAGUGACGAGUUCUUCUUGUGUCUCUGCUUGAUAGUGCCGAAGACAAUACCGAGCUGUGUUUUAGCCGGAUCUUGGAGGGUACUAGAAUUCCAGAAGAGGAUAAAUUGCUGUGGGGUUUUUUCUUAG